UGACCGCACUCCUGAGCUAUAAAUCUAUGUUGUGUCUUGCCUCUUCUUCUCACUCUUCAUUCCUCAUCUUCCUGUCUAUUGUGUCUUGACUCUUCUUCUUACUCCUCAUUCUACACAAUGGAACAAGACCCAAAUCCAUUCCUCCGCCAUUGCAAAGGUCAAAGCAACAACUCUGGCAGCUCUCGUCCUCUCAUUCCUGGCCCGGCUGGCGCCAUCCAGGCUGCCAUGUAUGCCCGUAGAUCCACCCCGAACACACCACUCAUUCUGACCCAGGAAAUCGUGAGGCGUGUGCUAGAUCAUGGAUCAACCGAAACCGAUCCUGAUUUCAACUCACAUGCUUGGCUAUCAGCCCUGCAAGAGUGGGGAAUAGCCACUCCGCUGGGCUCUCUGACAGCGAACGUUGAGAGGGUGGAGAAUGUUGUUGCUGUUAUCAAAUCUUGCACUCCCAAUGGAUUUGGAGAUGCGAAAGUUACCCUCAAGGACCCCACGGGUGCCGUUGAUGCUAGCAUCCACCGCAAGGCAUUUACUCACAGUGAAUUUGCGAAUGACAUAACUGUUGGAUCUGUUCUCGUUCUCCAAAAGGUUGCUGUGUUUGCACCUAGAGGAACUGUUUGUUAUCUUAAUAUAACAUUGCCCAACCUAGUGAAGGUAUUCCCAAAAGAUUGCGGACCCCAUGACUUCAUCGAUAUCACAGAGGAAUAAUUUUGUUUUCGGUGUUGCUUAUGUUUAAUUUGGUUGUGUAACCGUUUAACUUAUUGUCAUGGAUUACUACAUGCUUUGAAUUAUUUAUAUGUUGUCGUUGUUUCUGUUUUUUUCAUUAUAAGAGUCAUAAUAUUAAGACU